AUGUCGGCUCACACGGUGAAGCGGAGGAAGUUGAGUCCUUCUCCGGAUUCUACUUCUCGAUCCGAAUCAAAAACAGAAGCGACCGAAAAAUCGGCCAAACCCUCUGCGCGCAAGGACGAUCGACCGGCUAAGACUCAUCAAGGACGGAAAUCGAAUGAAGAUGGCUCCGCAGAGCUCGCAAUGGCGAGCGGAUUUUAUAAAUCCAGCUUUUUCAAACUACAGAUGGAUGAAUUAUUGUCAGGGCUGAGACCGAAUUCCGAAAAACGAAUCCUCAAGCUCCAAGAUCCAUUGCACAAGCUGAAGGACGCAAUCGAAAAUUUAGCGGAUAUCGCUCCAAAGACCAUCCCCGAAGCUGAGAAAGACCUGCGUGCAGCCUCUGAGAUCGUGAUCCCAUGGCCUGAACCCCGACCUGCCAAGGACGUCAAAUACACCGUAUCGUACUCGAAACCUACAAACAUCAAUGUGGUGGGCAGCGUUGCCCUGAAGACCGGUGCGAAGACAGUAGAGCACCGUCCGGUUGAUUUGGCAGUGACAAUGCCCAACUCCAUAUUUCAGGAGAAAGACUACGCCAACUAUCGUUACUUCCACAAACGCGCAUACUACAUUGCUUGCCUUGCAGCCGGUAUCCAAAAGACAAUGAAUGACCUUGGACUUGAAAUAAAAUUUGGCUUUCAGGAUGGUGAUAGUUUGCGCCCUAUCAUUCUGCUUGAGCCUCGCCCGAGUUCGAAGAACGAUCCUACUAUCCCGGCGCAAAUUCGAAUUCUAACUGCAAUUGACCCAAAUUUAUUCCCUAUCAGCCGAACUCUGCCGAUGAGAAACAAUAUUCGCCAAGGCUCAAAGGAUGAGAAUGAAGGCGAUGAACCCACUCCAUUCUACAAUGCAAGCCUUCGCUCCGAAGCUGCCGUUUCGCUCUAUCACAAGUCCCUUCAUUCUGCCGCCCAGAAAUGCGAUUCUUUCCGCGACGCAUGUAUUCUGGGGCGCACUUGGCUACAGCAGCGUGGUUUCCACACAUCUUUUCAAAACGGAGGUUUUGGAGGCUUCGAGUGGACUGCGCUUAUCUCUCUUCUGUUUGAAGGAGGUGGCCCUGGUGGCCAACCUAUCCUGCUUCGUUCAUACAGUAGCUACCAGAUCUUCAAGGCUACCAUGCAAUUCUUGGCUGGCAGAGACUUGACUACACCCUUGCUUCUAUUCUCCACUGAUGUGCCAAUUUCUGCCGGGGGUCCUGUUCUGUACGACGGACGCAGAGGUCUGAAUUUUCUGUAUAAGAUGACUGCAUGGUCUUAUGCGGCCCUUCGACACGAAGCCACUAUCGCGCUCAAGAUGCUGAACGAAUCGCGCGAAGACAACUUCGACCGAGUUUUCAUCGUCAAAGUUAAUGAGCCGGCGCUGCGUUUCGACCGUCUCCUUUCCUUUCCAAAGGCCUUUACUGGUGAUACUCUGCGAGCCAUUCGUGAACAGAACACCUUGUAUGCCACCCUAUCAAAGGCCCUGGGGGAUAGAGUUCAACUCAUUUCUAUCGUGAGUCAAUGCGCAGAGUCUUGGCCUGUCCGAGCCAAAGCUCUGACCAAGAAAGCCAGCCACAAUCUGUCUGUGGGGCUUCUACUUGACGCUGAUAAUGUCUCUCGGGUGGUUGAUCAUGGUCCGCCCGCAGAGGAGAAAGAGGAGGCGGCUUCAUUCAGAGCUUUCUGGGGCGAAAAGUCAGAGCUACGCCGUUUCAAAGACGGCAGCAUUUUGGAAAGUCUUGUCUGGUCUGAUCAGCCCCACGAAGAUUCUAUUGUUCUUCAAAUAGUGGAGUAUAUUCUGCAGCGGCAUUUCCAGGUGUCUCAAGAUGACUUCAGUUUCAUCGGAGACGAGUAUGAUGCUAUACUCAUGGAUGAAAGCGGCGGAAUCUUGUCAUAUUCAAGCCCGGCUUUCAAUUCCAUCAAGGAAGCUUUCAGCGAGCUCGAAAGAUCUAUUGGAAAUAUGGAUGAAGUCCCAUUGACAAUCAGGCAUCUAGCACCAGCUAGCCCCCUCCUACGUUAUACUGCGCUUCGAGUCCAAACUUCAGGAAAAUCCCAGGCCCCUGCAGACAUCGUUCUUCAGUUUGAGAGCUCAUCCCGCUGGCCGGAUGAUUUUGCGGCAAUCCAGAUGACAAAAGCGGCUUUCUUGCUGAAGAUCGGCGACUCCUUAGAGUCAUCUGGUGCUGCUCCAUCUUGCCGCCUGGGUCUCGAGAAUGAGUCAAGCAAGGUACUAAAUAAUGCUUAUCUGGACAUUUCCCACGCAUCUGGAUUCUUAUUUCGCCUGAGAAUUCAUCAUGAUCGUGAACAGACAUUACUUGAGCGCCAAUUGAAGGACAAGAGUAUUGGUCCUCGGGAACGAGAAGAGUAUGCAUAUGCUCUCUUUGCGUAUAAAAAGAAUUUUGUCCAGGGCCCACGUUUGAGCCAAUCAUUGAGGAGUCUCUGCACUCGCCUUCCUCUGCUAUCGCCAACUAUUCGCCUAGUUAAACAUUGGUUUAGCUCUCACCUCUUCGCAGCCCAAGUCUGCGAAGAGCUGAUUGAGCUUAUGGCCGUACGAGUCUUUACUCAGCCUUAUCCCUGGGGCUCUCCUUCUAGUGUCAUGACUGGAUUCCUACGUACUAUUCACUUUCUUUCCCGUUGGGAUUGGAAGCAAGAACCCUUCAUCGUUGACCUAAGUGGAGAUUUGAACCCGGAGAUAACUGAAGUCAUUCGCACUCGAUUCGCUGCCUGGCGCAAUAUUGACCCGGCCAUGAACACUGUCGCUCUGUUUGUCGCGUCCGAUCUUGACACUGAUGGCGUAACCUGGACCCAGUAUGAGAUGCCUUCAAAGGUCGUGGCUGGCCGAAUGACCUCGUUAGCGAAAGCAGCAAUUAGCUUGCUACGCAAGGAAACCAGCGAUCUCAAUGUCUCUGAGCUUUUUCAGACUUCGCUUGCUCCUUACGACUUUGUUAUCCACCUGCGCCGCAAGGUCCUUAGUGGUCAUUCCGCGUCCGCGUCCAAAUUUAAAAAUCUCGUCGAGCCCGAUGCCUUAAACCAAGCCAAUGCUAUGGCGACUGUCAAGUCAUUUGUACAUGAUAUCCAAGGGUGCUAUAACCAAAGCGUCCUCUUGUUCCACGGCGAUGAACAGUGCCCUGUGAUCGCCGGUCUGUGGAACCCGCAGACCCUGAAGCCCCGUAACUGGAACCUGAAGAUGAUCUAUUCGACGACUGCAGCGGAUUCUCAGGAGAGUGGAGACCGCGUGACAAUCAACCGACCGGCUAUUUUGAACGAGAUUGCCCGGCUUGGCGAGGGACUUAUUGAAACCAUUGAUAUCAAUGAUUCCAAGGUCUAA